CGCUCGGGUGCCUGCCCGCACAUCCGCCCUCGGCCGACUGUUGUGCCGAGGCAUGGAGGUGGGCUAGCGGCCGAAGCGAGGCCGAGCGGGAAAUGUUCUUUUGGGCCCGGAGGCUGGGUAUACAUGAGUGCACAUCCUCACCCAUUCACAAAUAAGCCUAGGAAUCUCGACCGAGAGGAUCACUUCUCUGUAGGCCGUUAGCCCAGGUGCAGAAUGAGCACAUGCUGUUGGUGUACGCCAGGUGGUAUUUCCACCGUUGACUUCCUGAAGCGCUAUGCGUCCAGGACCCGCGCCAGUGAAUGUCAGACAGCUGACGAAGACCUCUGUUACUGCCUAGAGUGUGUGGCCGAGUACCACAAAGCCCGGGACGAGCUGCCAUUCUUGCAUCAGGUUUUGUGGGAAUUAGAAACUUUACGUCUCAUAAAUCAUUUUGAAAAAUCCAUGAAGGCAGAAAUUGGAGAUGAUGAUGAAUUGUACAUAGUAGACAACAAUGGAGAGGCACAACUAUUUGACUUCCCCGGCCAAGACUUUGAAAAUAAGCUUCGAGUUCCUCUUCUUGAAAUCCUGAAGUAUCCAUAUCUGCUUUUACAUGAACGUGUCAACGAAUUAUGUGUCGAAGCACUUUGUCGGAUGGAACAAGCUAAUUGCUCCUUUCAGGUUUUCGACAAACAUCCAGGCAUUUAUUUGUUUCUGGUCCAUCCCAACGAAAUGGUUCGACGUUGGGCUAUCCUGACCGCAAGGAAUUUGGGAAAAGUGGACAGAGAUGACUAUUAUGACUUGCAGGAAGUUUUAACUUGCCUUUUUAAAGUCAUCGAGCUGGGACUUUUGGAAGAUCCGGACAUUUAUACUUCCUCUGUCCUCGAGAAGGGUAAACUGAUCCUUCUACCUGCCCACAUGUACGAUACCACCAACUACAAGAACUACUGGUUGGGUAUUUGCAUGUUGCUGACCAUUCUUGAAGAGCAGGCCAUGGACUCCCUGUUGCUGGGCUCAGACAAACAGAAUGAUUUCAUGCAGUCCAUACUUCACACCAUGGAGAGGCAAGCAGACGAUGAUAGCGUGGAUCCUUUCUGGCCAGCAUUACACUGUUUCAUGGUGAUUCUGGAUCGCCUUGGAUCAAAGGUCUGGGGUCAACGCAUUGAUCCUAUUGAGGCAUUUCAGACCAUAAUCAACAAUAUGAGCUACAAUAGAGAGAUCCAGAAUAUACGGAACAGCUCUGUAAGGACCAAGUUAGACCCGGAGUCAUAUUCGGAUAAUAUGGUGUCCUGCAGCCAGAUUGUAUACAAUUAUAAUCCUGAAAAGACCAAAAAGGAUUCUGGGUGGAGAUCAGCCAUUUGCCCAGAUUACUGUCCUAACAUGUAUGAGGAGAUGGAAACAUUAGCCAGCGUGCUUCAGUCAGAUAUUGGUCAAGACAUGCGUGUUCACAACAGCACGUUUCUGUGGUUCAUCCCUUUUGUUCAGUCCCUCAUGGAUCUUAAGGAUUUGGGUGUGGCUUAUAUAGUAGAGGUUAUUCACCAUCUGCACUCUGAAGUCAAAGAUGUCCUCAACCAAACAGAUGCUGUGUGCGACAAAGUUACUGAGUUUUUUCUUCUAAUUUUGGUGUCCGUGAUUGAGCUGCACAGAAAUAAAAAAUGUUUGCACUUGCUGUGGGUUAGCUCCCAGCAGUGGGUGGAGGCUGUUGUAAAAUGCGCCAAGCUUCCUACCACUGCAUUUGCACGGAGUUCCGAGAAGUCGUCUGGAAAUUGUUCCAAAGGAACAGCAAUGAUAUCAUCUCUGUCGUUACAUUCGAUGCCAUCUAACUCUGUCCAGCUGGCUUGUGUGCAGCUCAUUAGAAGUCUCCUUAAAGAAGGUUAUCAGCUUGGGCAGCAAACUCUGUGCAAGCGAUUCUGGGAUAAGCUCAACUUAUUUCUGCGUGGAAAUUUGUCUCUAGGUUGGCAAUUGACUACUCAGGAAACCCAUGAGUUACAAACUUGUUUAAAGCAAAUUAUUAGGAACAUAAAAUUAAAAGUACCUCCAUGUAGCACUUUUGUGGAUCUGGCCCCUGUUUGUAAAACCCCUCCUGCGUCUUAUAAUAAAGAAGAAAGUAAGCAGAUAGGGAAGAAGUCUAAAAAAGACCUGCUCUGUCUGGAAAGCUCCAGCCCAACAUUUUCUAAAGAACCAAUGAAAGCAGAGGCAUAUCAAAUGCAAGAGAAUAUAUCAAUCAAAGCAAGUAACACUAUAGGAGAGGAUAAUAAGCAAAAUUAUGUAAAAGAUUUGAAAUUGGAAGACCAUCUCUCAGCUGAGUCAUGCAUAAAGCAGGGUAGUAAAAGCCUUUUCACUGACAGAGCUCAAGACCCAGUUAAAACAAGUAAAGGGAAGCAUAAGUCUGUGAAAGAGAAUCGUACUUCCAGAAAUGGUCCCGAAAGGGGAGGUGACAGAGUGGUGAUAGUGUCAGCACACUCGUUGACUGAUUCUGGCAUUGACUCUCUAGCAAAGGCGUCCACAUCAACUGAGGAUUUCUCUUUCAAGGAUGAUAUUUUUGGCAAAACCUUGAGAGCAAAAACUAAGCCACAGAAAGCCGAAAUCUGCGCUAAGUUAUCACAUGUGAUAAAGAAGCAACACAGGAAAAGUACUUCGGUCAAUGAUGCUGUCAAUUUAGAGGAAAACCUAACUGUGGCUACCAUUGACAGUUUCUUUUCAAAGAAAGAUUCAGGAGGUCAGAAAGGGGAGGGCUUCAUAAACCAUCUCUCUCUAGACCCUAAUGACAUUCCCGAUGAUAAAAAUGGGGAACGAAAAUCUCAAAACAGUUUAUUGCUGAAAAAGAAACAAUUAAAGAGUGAAGAGUUUGAUAUCUUCUCUUCCCGUGAAAAUAGCCGUCAAAUACAGGAACGUCAGGCCGAUGAUAAAGAUUUGGUCUCAUUGACGGAAAUGACUGAUCCUUGUGUGAAGAAAACCUUGCCCUUCAAAAAUCCCAUGACUGUUCUUGAAUCAAGAGGUAAGGAAGUUAGCAAGAGUACCACCAGUCAGGUGUCUUCUCACUUGAGAGACCAGCCUCCCAGCCUAAGUCCACAGUCCGAAGCCUUGACGGACUCCCAGGUCGACCGCGACCUCCACGACUUAUCUUUAAUAGCUCAAGCCAGUGUUAUUAAGUUUCCAUCAGAUUCAGCCCAAAACUCGUCCCAGCUACAAAGGAAAGUAAAAGGUAAAAGAUGUUUCACAGUUAACCCAAAUAAUGCUGGCGAAGCCUGCCAGGGCCAGGUGAUUAUUAUUUCAGAUUCCGAAGAUGAUGAUGGCGAUGAAGGAGUUUUGGGUUUUGAGAAACACAUCAAACAAGACAAAAGAAGCAUCAAGAAGGAGUACCCGGAGGAGUGUGUUUCAGUAGCUGGUGCAAAUGUGGAAAAGAAUCUAAUAAAGGAAGAAGAGACAAAGUCCCUGUGGGAGUUUGAGGAAUCGGAUUCUCAGUUUUUUGAGUUUGAAAGUCCACAUGACGUGUUUUCAGUUUGGCACGAUCAGGAACCAGACAAGAAUUCAGUUCAAGAGGAUGAAAAAAAUUCACAUUUGACUCACAUAAACGAUGUCACAAAUGACUGGGGUUAUGAUACAGAUUAUGUAUCUGAAGAGGUUAUUAAGAAAGUAGCAGAGGGCAUUGAAAAACACACAGAAGCACAGAGUAGUAGUUCUGUUGGGGAAUUUUGCGAAACUGAAGUAAAAAAACCUAAGAGAAAACGAUAUGAAAAACCUGUAGCUGAAGAUCCUCUGAGGCCUUCACCUUCUGAGAGAAACGAGGACCAGUCUGAUAUUCUUAAUGAGAGAGGUCUGACUGAAAAUGAUCUUAAAAGUACAGAGCUAAGGUCUAGUCCCAGUUCGAAUAUUCAGAGAGACUCUCCGAUUUCACGAAAGAAAUCUCCAAAGCUUCGUACUUACUCCAAACCCAUCAGGAGAGUCCCGCAUUCUAAAACUUCUAAGAAAACACAUUCAGAAACCAAAAAAGGGCAGAAUAAAAGUUCAAAUUACAUAAGUUGUAGGACAACUCCUGCUAUAGUCCCACCAAAGAUACUUCGCCAGUACCCUGAACCAACUUCAGCUGUUGAGAAACUGGGUCUGAAAAAGGCUCCUCGUAGGGCGUUUCAGUUAUCUCAGCGAUCUCAAGGGUAUGUAGCUCAGUUACGCGACCAUGGCAAAACUGUUGGAGUGGUUGAUACUAGAAAAAAGACUAAAUUAAUUUCUCCUCAGACUCUCUCCGUCAAAAAUAAUAAGAAGCUGUUGACAAGCCAAGAUCUUCAGUCACGAAGGCAGGUGAAACACAAAUCGAAACAGAACAGGCAAGGAUCUCUGGGUUCUGAAAGUACAGGUACCAGAAGAGCAGGUCGGCAUUCGGCACAGAAUCUUGACACGCUUGUCCCAGAAUCUGAUAGCUCAGAUCGUAGUUCUAAAGGAGGCGCUGAGGUGCGUGCCAGCAAUACUGGGAAACGAUCAGUAAAGCGUGUGUCUUCCGAACCAGAACCCGUGAAAACCAAAUGUGUUUCUCAGGUGGCUGAUGAUCCUUGCCUUUUGACCCAGAGUGCUUCUGUUGUGUUAAACGGAAGAAUACCAACAGAUGAAGUCAUUGCCUCUACGUCAGCUGACCCUUUAGGCGGAGGUGACCUAGCAGGACAUCAUGUAGAGUUGACCACUUUGAAAGAGAGAAAGCUUGAAUCCAACAGUGACUCGGAGGAUGAGAAUCUAUUUCUAACACAGCGUGACCCUGAAGAUAUGGAUUUAUGUUCACAAAUGGCGAACGGUAGUGAGAAGCUUAUUGAGAUAGGUCAGGGGAAAGAUACAGCUCCGAAGGAAGAAUCUUGGAGUGGCACAAAGUGUAAGUACAAGGAAUGUGUUGAAACCCCACAAAACCAGGGUGAAUACUGCUCGAAACACUGUGAAGCUAAAGCAGAGGAUGAAGAUGUGUUUCGUAAACCGGGCUUGCCCCUCUACGCGUCUAAGAGACCUUCCACUACUAAGGUGUUUAGCUCGAGAAGUACUUCACGAAUUGCUAAUCUUUCCAAGUCUUUGGAAAGUACCUCUGCACUGCCGCCGUCCCUAAAACGUAAGUCCAACGGGGUGCCGUCUGCUUCGAAAGCUCCACAGCCAACCUCUCCGUUGUCUCCAAAGCCAGUGGGUGAACUGAAGAGUUUGUCCAAUGUUCUUCGUCCUCAGACUCCAAAUAAUUCCAACAGGCAAGGUUACAAAUUUCUGUUUGGCGAAAGCAAAUCUUUUUCGGCUUCCUCUGCAGUAAACAUUGUCCUGUCCUCGCAGUCCAUCUCUGACACCUUUGUUAAAGAGGUCUUAAAGUGGAAGUACGAAAUGUUUGUGAACUUCGAUCAGUGCGGGCCCCCCACAAGCCUUUGUCAGUCCAUCUCAAGACCGGUGCCUGUCAGAUUUCAAGACUGUGGAGAUUACUUUAAUGUUUUUUUCCCUUUGGUGGUAUUGAAUACUUUUGAAACGGUGGCGCAGGAGUGGAUGAGCUCUCCGAACAAAGACAAGUUCUAUCAGCUGCACUUACGAAAAUUUCCUGCUGAUUAUAAAAAAUACUGGGAGUUUGUGGUUCAUCUUGAGGAAUGUGAACUAACUAAACAGCUGCAUCCAAAGGAAAAUGAUUUGGUGUUUUUGGUUCUUGAAAAUGGAGAGGACACAGAGGGAAAUCGCAUGCCGGAUUUCAACGAAUAUUACUGCGGUUAUGUUCAUAAAUUUCGCCGCACUUCAGUCAUGCGUAAUGGGAAAUCUGAGUGUUCCCUUUCCAUCCAGACUCAAGAUAAUUUGAUGCUCAAUUUAAACGAACUUGUGAAAUGCACUGUCAUCAGUUCUCUGGUAACUACACAAAGGAAGUUGAAAGCCAUGUCUUUGCUGAGUGGACGGAACCAACUGGCCAGAGUUGUUCUGAAUCCAAACCCCAUGGACUUCUGUACAAAAGAUUUACUAACUACAACGUCCGAGAGAAUCAUUGCCUACCUGAAAGAUUUCAAUGAAGACCAGAAGAAAGCGAUAGAAACUGCAUAUGCCAUGGUCAAACACUCCCCAUCAGUUGCCAAGGUCUGUUUGAUUCAUGGACCACCUGGAACAGGAAAAUCAAAAACUAUCGUUGGCCUUCUGUACCGCCUGCUGACAGAGAGCCAGAGGAGGGGGCACUCAGAUGAGAACUCCAACGCCAAAAUCAAACAGAACCGUGUCCUCGUGUGUGCGCCUUCCAACGCGGCUGUUGACGAACUUAUGAAAAAAAUCAUCCUUGAAUUUAAAGAGAAGUGUAAAGACAAGAAGAACCCUAUGGGAAACUGUGGAGAUAUAAAUUUAGUACGUCUGGGUCCAGAAAAGUCUAUUAAUAAUGAGGUCCUAAGAUUUAGUUUGGACAGCCAAGUUAACCACAGAAUGAAAAAAGACUUACCUUCUCAUGUUCAGGAGAUGCAUAGAAGAAAAGAAUUUCUAGAUCAUCAACUAGAUGAACUUUCCCGCCAGCGUGCUUUAUGCCGAGGUGGAAAGGAAACACAGAGGCAAGAAUUAGAUGAAAAAAUUGCAAAAGUUUCAAAAGAGAGGCAGGAACUAGCUUCUAAAAUUAAAGAGGUUCAAGGACGCCCACAGAAAACACAGAGCAUCAUCAUCUUAGAGUCCCAUGUCAUCUGCUGCACGCUGAGCACGAGCGGUGGUUUAUUGCUCGAGUCUGCUUUUCGUGGGCAAGGGGGUGUCCCCUUCAGUUGUGUCAUUGUCGAUGAGGCUGGGCAGUCCUGUGAGGUUGAGACCCUUACUCCACUCAUCCAUCGUUGCAACAAGCUGGUCCUGGUCGGAGACCCUAAACAGCUUCCUCCCACGGUCAUUUCCAUGGGCUGGAAUCAGAAACGUCCUUUCUCUGAAUCUUUGCUUGUUGGUAAUCUUACACCACCGAAACCUUGCCAUAAGGCACAGGAAUAUGGCUACGACCAGUCAAUGAUGGCUCGUUUCUACAAGCUGCUGGAAGACAACGUUGAGCAAAACGUGAUUGGCAGGCUGCCUGUCUUACAGCUCACUGUGCAGUACAGGAUGCACCCAGACAUAUGUCUCUUCCCCUCUAAUUAUGUUUAUAACAAAAGCUUGAAAACAAACAGACUGACUGAAACCAAUCGGUGUUCAUCAGACUGGCCGUUUCAACCUUACCUCGUGUUUGAUGUCGGAGAUGGCUCAGAGAGACGGGAUAAUGACUCAUAUAUAAAUGUUCAAGAAAUAAAACUGGUAAUGGAAAUAAUUAAACUUAUUAAAGACAAAAGAAGGGAUGUUACUUUCCGGAACAUUGGCAUAAUAACCCAUUACAAGGCCCAGAAGACGAUGAUUCAGAAGGAUUUGGACAAAGAGUUUGAUAGAAAAGGGCCAGCGGAAGUAGAUACCGUGGACGCAUUCCAGGGCCGCCAGAAAGAUUGUGUUAUUGUCACGUGUGUCAGAGCGAAUGCCAUGCAAGGCUCAAUUGGAUUUCUGGCAAGUUUGCAAAGAUUGAAUGUCACCAUCACGCGAGCCAAGUACAGCCUCUUCAUCCUGGGACAUUUAAGGACCUUGAUGGAAAACCAGCACUGGAACCAGCUGAUUCAGGACGCGCAGAAGCGGGGCGCCAUUAUCAAGACGUGCGACAAAAACUACAGGCAUGACGCAGCCAAGAUUCUGAAACUCAAGCCCGUGCUGCAGAGGAGCCUGACGCAGCCUCCCACCGGGGCCCCGGAGAUGGCCUGGCCCCAGGGCGGCCUGCCCGGCAGCAAGCCAGACGGUGAGUUUGCCAGGACGUCGUCCCCUUCUUCCCUGUAUCACGUGCCCUCUGACAGCAAGGAGUCCGCCGGCACCGUUACCGCAAAGGACCCGGAAAGACCUCCUAUUCAGGACCGGCUUCGGGACCCACGACUGCUCAGGAGGCUGGGCCUAGACCCUGAAGCCAAAGGGACAUGCCCGUGGGAUCCACAGCCCCUGAGCCCCCAGCACCCCGGAGCCACCCCUCCCCUGGGAGAGCCAGGCUUCCCCUCGAGUCACCAGGACCUGGGCGGGGCCCAGCCACCCGCUGCCAGAGGGGCCGCGCUGGGCACCCACAAACCUCCCGUGCAGCGGGAGCCUCCGGCUGCCGGCACGGAAGCGUCUGCGAGUAAAAGGACCUAUGACUGGGAAGGAGGCGUCAGCCACAGGAGGGAGACCAGGGCUUUCAGUGAAGGGGACCAGGAGCUGCAGAGCCCUGAGAGGCGUCACGUGAGGAGGCACUCUGGCUGGGACCACAGGAGACUGGAGGGAGACGACGGUGGUUCCAAGAAAAGAAGGUUCUUAUAGGAAAGCCAAGUGGCAGACGGUCAGCCCCAGCACCGUCGCAGACUGGAGGUGACCCGCUGAUGGGACCGUCAAGCUCAGAUUAUCUUUCCCCUUAAGGGAGUCUGUGUGCUGUUGGCCAACAUGGAGAACGCAUCCUAAGCCCCGAGCCUCCUGGUCAUCUUCGAUCUAUUUUGUCAACCACCAGAGCUUUCGAGGCCAUUUGUGCGUCCCUUAUAUCGUCCUUGAAGACCUAAAAUGUCGGUCUCUUGUUCUGUAGAUAAGGGGUCAGCCUGGAGUAGAUGUUGUAAAAAUUGCAGUGUACAUUUGUAUAGCGAAUAACAAAAACCUUUUAAAAUGUAA